GACAGUUACAAUUACAUUUGACAUAACAAAUUGUUGUAAACAAGACGUGUCUGUUAAUUGCUAACAUUUUCAGAAGUUGCAAAUGUUUAAAUAUGUAAAGCACAUAAUAUUAAUAAUUUAUUAGUUAUUUCUACAAUAUUGUAUCGAAAGAGUGUGAGUAGUGCUAGCAAAUUUUUAAAUAAAAUGAAUGUAAUGGAACGAAGAAAAAACAAAAACAAGUCUAGUAUUCCUUCUCAAAUGGAAAACGGAGAUUUGCCCAGUUCGUCAACGUGUAGUAACAUCAGAGGCGAUGAAAGAAACAUAUUACUUCUGUUCUUCCUGUAUACUCUGCAAGGUAUUCCCCUUGGAUUGUCAUCCGCUAUCCCUAUGAUAUUACAAAAUAGGGGAGUUAGUUAUAAACAACAAGCAGAAUUCAGUUUCGUAACCUGGCCCUUCAGUUUGAAGCUGUUAUGGGCCCCCAUAGUGGACAGUAUAUUUUCGUCACGAAUAGGUAGAAGAAAAACGUGGAUGAUUCCUUCGCAGUAUUUAAUCGGUGGCUUUAUGUUACUUCUUUCUAGUCACGUCAACAAGUGGCUCGGAGAAGACGGAUCUGCGCCGAACAUAGAAGUUUUGACUUUUAUGUUUUUUUCGUUAAACUUUUUAGCAGCUACGCAAGAUAUUGCCGUUGACGGAUGGGCUUUGACGAUGCUUAGAAAAGAAAAUGUUGGACAUGCUUCAACUUGUAACAGCGUAGGACAGACAACUGGUUUUUUCCUGAGUUACGUUCUUUUUAUGGCUUUGGAAUCCGCCACAUUUUGUAAUCAGUAUUUAAGGACGAUACCUGAGACGGAAGGUAUUGUGACUCUAUCUGGAUUUUUGUAUUUCUGGGGAAUAGUAUUUGUUAUUACUACCACAAUAGUAGCGUUUCUUAAAAGAGAAACGGAUGCAUCGAAUGUAGAUCAUGAACGUGAUUUGAAAUCAGCAUAUAAAUCUUUAAAGAGUAUAAUGGGUUUGCCAGCUGUACAAACUUUGGUUGUGAUUUUGUUAACUUGUAAGAUUGGAUUCUCUUCCACUGAUAGUGUUAUGGGAUUAAAAUUAGUUGAAGCUGGCAUUCCAAAAGAACGAUUGGGUCUUAUGGCUUUACCGUUAAUUCCAUUACAGUUAGCUAUGCCUUUAGUAAUAGCCAAAUAUACCACAGGGCCUAAACCGCUAAAUAUAUUCUUGAAAGCUAUACCUUAUCGGUUAGCUUUUGGCUUUGUAGCAGCUUUUGUAGUAUUUAUAACACCAAUUUUAGUACCUGAUGCUUCAAAUGGCCUACCAUUUUAUUAUGUAAUAUUAUUGUUUGCCUGCUACGCUCUUCACCAGGUGUGCGUGUAUUGCAUGUUUGUUGCACAAAUGGCAUUUUUUGCCAAAAUCAGUGACAGUGCAGUCGGAGGAACGUAUAUGACGUUACUAAAUACUCUUACGAAUCUUGGAGGUAAUUGGCCGACUAUGCUUGCCCUCUAUUGGGUUGAUCCGUUGACUUGGAAACGGUGUGAAGGAGGAGCUGAGAGUGUAGACAAUAUAUGUAGGAAUAACGUAGAAAAAGUACUAUGCGAAAAAGUAGGAGGCAAAUGCGUGACAGUUCUAGACGGUUUCUAUAUAGAAACCCUCAUCUGUGUUGCAAUAGGAUUUUUAUGGUAUUUAUGGGGAGCAAAGAAAGUACGACAUCUGCAGCAGUUAGGUGACAACGCUUGGAAGCUCAAAAAUAAAAAAUCCCAAAAGAGCUAGCUUCUUUGGAAAACUGAUAAGACUUUUUACGUUUGUAAAUACGAUUGUUCUAUUCCAAUUGAAUAAACCGAGAACUGGAGGAUAACACACAAAUAAUUUAUAUUUUUAUAGGGUACAUUUUUCAGUUUGUUUUGUUUAAAUUAUUUUCUUUUUGUUUGUGAAUGUUUACCAAGUGAAGAAUAUUGAAUUUAAGUUAAAUUAUGUAUUAUAAAAUAAAAAUGUAUAUCAUUUUUAUUCAGUUGCAAUGCGAAGGCAAACCUGUCCUUAUUGUUCACUUGGUACAGAGAGCGCAAACCAGCACUCUAAAUCGACGAUUUUCGACUCUAAUUGGAGUCAUCAUCAGAGAGGCGUAGGUUUGCUACUCUCUGCCCCAAGUGACGAAACUUCGAGAGUUUAUCACCGCAUUGCAACUGACGUUACAGAGUAGGUGCCUAGCGACAUAUCUUAACUGAAAGUCAAAGUUUUCAACCUUAUAAGAAUAUUUAAAAUAUUUAAAAAUAUCCAAAAUAUUCUUAAAAGAUAUUUAAUUGAAAACUUAUUGGACCAUUUUCCUGGUGAAGCCAGAUGGAUGCUGAAGCGAAGAAAACAAGAGGGAAUUCUAAAACUUGCAAUUCACGAUCCCGUGUUAACUGGUAAAUUCCAACGGAAAAUGGACCUAUGUUACUCAAAGGAGUAAUACUAAUAUAAAAUAAAAAUGUAUACCAUUUUUAUUCAGUUGCAAUUUACUUAAAUUAAAUUUGCAAUUUAUUGGAUGCUUUCCGAAGCUUCUUUAAAAAAACUCAUGGCAUUCGAGAUGUGGUGUUCAGACACAUUUUAAGAAUUUCGUGGGUGGAUGGUGUGACUAACGUUAAGGACCUAUGUACGUAGAAUAGACAAGGAUUGCGAGAUAAUAAACACCAUCAAAAGCGCAAACUAGAAUAUCUUAGCCAUGUUAUGAGGAAUGAAGGCUUGUGAAGAGAUCUGGCUUGUUGCUACUCAUUCUUUAGGGCAAAGUAUUUGGAAAGAGAGGACCAGGGAGGAGAGAAAUAGCUUGCCUUCAAAACCUGAGAAAGUGGUUUAAUACAUCGACAACCGGACUAUUCCGAAUAGCAGCAAGCAAAGUUAGAAUAGCCAUACUGAUCACCAUCAUCCGGAACGGAUAUGCAUCAUAAAAAGAAGAAGAAGACUAGUUAUUAAUAGACUAGUAGGAAUUGUCCUUGAAAUAUGGAAAAUAUGUUUUUCAAUAAAAAACAUUAUUAAUAUCCUAGGGUUAAAAAAUUUAUUAAGCGAAAAACAUACCAACGCGAUCUCGGCGCGAUGGCGAUCGCGAUUCAACUCAUCUGAAGCAAACAAGAACAUGCGUAUUAGAAAUAAAUGUUUCAUCAAAACUUUCUAAAUUCAUUCUAAAAUAUUGUUAUGCUCUGUAUUUCUCUCUUGUUGUGAGAUUGAUCAACAAAUUCUUAUUUUGAUUAAUUACUUAAUUAUUUUAAUUAUUACUUAUGUAAAACAAAACCAAAAUUAAAUUGAAUUCUCUAAUAAAUUUUAUUCUCAGGGCUAUUUUAACUUUAAUGCAUUACCUUAGGUUUGUGGCUUCUAGUAUCUCUAGUUGCUUACUUCAUCGAGGGACAAAACCGGGAAACUAAACACACUCGAUGUCAUAUAAAUGUUAUAAAUAUUUUUUAUUUAUCCAAUAUACCAUAAAUAUACGCUUUAAAAAAUUAUCCUAAAAUUUAAUUAUGUUGCAACUUUUUCUCAUCUAAUAAAUUAAGCUUUAAUUCUGAUAUCUCCUUUGUUUUAACAAAUUUUAUUUAAAUAAUUCAUUAGAGUAUUCUUACAAAAAUACUAAAAUUUACUUUUCGCCUUUUGCAUUGAUUACUUAUCUCUUCUUUAAAUUUUGGAAUGACUAAAGUAUGCUAUAGAAAUGCUCAAUACAAAAAUAAUAUGGUGUGGAUAUAAAACAAACUCUCCCCGUUGCACAAAAAUUCUGACUAACCUUUUUGUUUCUUCUUUACUUCUUCUUCCUGGAUUGCACAGCCUUCGAUUCUCUCACACUUGCUCUUAGGAUGUAGCGAAUGGUCCUUCUCGUCCAAACUGCUUCACCAACAAACAAACAAUGGGACUCGCUCGAAAUGUCUAUUCAGUUUUCUCUCUGCUCGAUAUCUUGUGCAAAUUGAUACCCACCGGCUACUCGUUCUAGACCGAACGCAGGAAUCUCCUCGGGCACAAGGAAAAUUAACUUCUCAACUCGGUCAACGAUUUCGUUUCACCACGAUCUGCUCGCAAAGGGCAAUUUCACCACUUUACACCGACUUCUCACUUUUUAAAAAACUGGACUGUCCUCUCCAGAUAUUAAUUACAUCUUCUUCUUCAGGUGCCGUCUUCAGGAGGUUGGCAAUCAUCAUAACUAUUUUAAUUUUUGAGGCAGUGCUCUAAAUAGUUGUUUUGAGCUGCAUCCAAACCAUUCUCUCAGGUUCUUCAGCCAUGAAAUUCGUCUUCUGCCGAUGCUUCUUCUGUCAUCUAUCCCUGCAUUAUGAGUCGCAAGAUGCCAUACUUCUCGCCCCGCAUCACAUGUCCGAGAUACUGUAGUUUUCUUUCUUUAAUUGUAAGUUCAACUUCCUUCUCUUUACCUAUUCUUCUCAAUACUUCAUUGUUCGUAACUCUAUCUACCCAGGAAACCCUCAUAAUUCUUCUAUAGGUCCACAUUUCAAAGGCGUUAAGUCGUCUCAUUGUCUCUACAUUUAACGUCCAUGAUUCCAAUCCAUAGUAUAGUACACUAUAUACGUAACAUUUUGUUAGGCGUACUUUAAGAGCUAAUGUUAAAUCUUUGAUACAUAGGACCUUUUUCAUUUUCAUAAAAUUAGAACGUGUUUUCUCGAUUCUGACUUUGAUUUCUGCAGAGUAGUCAUUAUUUUCGGUUAUAAGUGUUCCUAGGUAAGUGUACUUUUUUACUCUUUCGAUCUGCUGGCCCUCUACUAUCAAGAUUUCGUUAGUAUUAUGGUUGUUUUUACUAAUUUUCAUAAACUUCGUCUUUUUGAUAUUGAGAGGGAGUCCGUACUCCCGACUACACCUUACUAUUUUACUCAUGAGUAUUUGCAGGUCUUGUAAACUAUCGGCUAUUAUUACUGUAUCAUCUGCAUAUCUGAUGUUGUUAACUAAGACUCCAUUUACUCUUAUGCCGACUGUUUCAUUUUCCAGAGUUUCUCGCAUUACCUCUUUAGAAUAAGCGUUAUAUAAUAGAGGUGAUAGUAUGCAGCCUUGCCUGACUCCUCUCUUUAUUUCCAUUUCUUCAGAUGUUUCUUUUUCUAUUCUUACUAUUGCUCGCUGAUUGUAAUAGAGAUGUGUUAUUAGUCUUAAAUCUCUUUCAUCUAGGUUUUUAGUUUUUAGAAUUUCCAUGAGUUGGUCAUGUUUUACUUUAUCAAACGCUUUAUUGUAGUCUAUAAAACAGAUGUAAAGAGAACGAUUAACAUCCAAACAUCUCUGUGUCAGCACGUUGAAGGAGAAUAAUGCCUCUCUGUUGCCCAUACCAUUGCGGAACCCGUAUUGAGUGUCAUUAAUAUCCAGCUCCAGUUUAGAGUGUAUUCUGGCGUCGAUAAUUUUCAGCAGAAUUUUCAAGGUAUGUGACAUUAAGCUUAUGGUUCGGUAGUCACUGCAUUCUUUGGCAUUCACUUUUUUUGGCAAACACACAAAUGCUGAUGUCAACAUUUCUCUAGGGAUGAUUCCCGUAGUAUAGAUAGCGUUAAACAGUUCUACUAUUAUGUCCAGGUUUUUCUCGUUGACCAACUUUAUCAGCUCGCUAGGUAAUUCAUCUGGACCAGCAGAUUUAUUAGUUUUUAUAGAGUUUAUUGCCUGACUAACCUCUGAUUUGGUUAUCUCUGGGCCUACGUCUCCGGUUUGGCUAUCUACGGAUGUACUAGCUUCUCUGUGGUCAUGAAAUAGUUCCUCGAUGUACUCUUUCCAUCGUCGUAGUUUUCGUUCUAUGUCCAUUAUAAUAUUUCCGUUUUUGUCGAGCAAUAUAUUUGAGGUUUUUCUAUUUUCUAUUCCGGCUAGUUCUUUGACUUUUUUAUGUAGGUUGAAGUUGUCAUAUCUGUUUUAAAGUUCUUCUAUUUCUUUACAUUUUUCAGAGAAGUAGGUUUCUUUGGCCUCCCUAAUUUUUCUUCUUAUUUGGUUUUGAAGCUGUUUAUAGCGGGUCUUAUUAUUUGUUUUGUUUUUUCUUCUUUCAUUCAUCAACUCUAGAAUUUCCUCCGUCAUCCAUUCUUCUUUCUUACAUUUGGUUGUUGUAAGUAUUUUCUUACUUGGCUCUAAUAGGGCUUUUCAUCGAUUGUCAUUUGUUUCGAGCUUCUGUCAUGUGUCACAUAAUAUUAAUAUAGCUACGUCAUACGUCUUUGGUUUGUAUCAUUGGUAGAUACCAAUAACGUAUGACGUUGAUAUAUUAAUAUUAUGUGACACAUGACAGAAGCUCGAAACAAAUGACUGUGAAUGAAAAGCCCUAUAUAGAGGUUUUGAAGAUUUGCCACUGCUGUUCUACGUUGCAAUUAUUUCCUGGGUUUCUAUCUAGAUUUGUGUUGAUUUCAUGUUUCAAAUUUUCUUUUGUUUUUUCUGAGUUAAGUUUCUGUAUGUUAAGUUUAUUGUUGUUGCGGCUUUUUUGCGUCUUUUUUAGUUGAAGUUGAAACCUAGCAAUAAGAAGACUGUGAUCAGAAGAUACGUCUGCUCCUGGAUAUGCCUUUACUGCCUGAAUUGAGUUUCGAUAUAUGUGCUUUAUUAGGAUAUAGUCAAUUUGAUUUCUGACGAUUUUGUUGUCUUUGUCAGCUGGAUUUCCAUGUAUAAAGGCGUCGUUUAGGUAAUUUAAAGAAUGUAUUUGCGACUCUAACAUUAUUCUCCUGGCAAAUUUCUAUUAGGCGAUCCCCUCUGUCAUUUCGUUCGCCGAGUCUAUAUGGCCCUACAUUAGGGUAGCAUUUUCCUUCGCCAAUUUUUGCAUUGAAAUCACCCAUGAUCACUGUUAUGUCUCUAGAUGCUGUGAACUGUAAUGUUUUUUGAAGUUCGCUAUAAAAGUUCUAUUUCUUCUUCAUUUUUGUCAGCAGUUGGCGCAUAAAUCUGAAUUAGGUUCAUUUUUCCAUGAGUUGUCAAUAACUGCAACAUUAUAAUUCUUUCGGACACCGGAACGAAGCCUGUUACUGAUCUCUUUACUUUUUCACUGAGGAUCAUAGCAACUCCAUAUCUGUGUUGGGUGUCGCUGCUUCCAGAGUAAUAAAUUCGCCCAUUGUCUGUAUUGAGUUCGCCAGAACUGACCCAUCUUGUAUCGCUUAUUCCUAAUAUAUCGAUAUCUAGUCGCAUCAUCUCUUGCUGUAUAUUCCUCAGUUUCCCACGUUCAUACAUACUUCUUACAUUCCAUGUAGCGAUUUUGUAAGUGGAUUUGUAUAUAUUUAGGGAACAGGGAUUUCGCUGACUAACGGCCUGGGAAGCCCUGUCGUUACUGUUGUUUCCUCCCCUGCCGAAUCUUGGCAUCCGAGAAUCAUGAUUAGUAGGUUGUUGAUUGUCAUUUCUGCAAGCCAUGACGAUUUCUAGGGAUACUCCAUAAGUCUUUAAUGCAGUGGUUUCCCGUUGCCUUCUGCAUUCUUAUACCGUUGACCAUUCUGUAGGGUUCAUCCGCCUUCGAGACCGAUUUCUCAGUCUCAGGACGAAAGAGUGCCCUGCCACUUACCAACUCAUCCGCCCGAAGCCGUUGGUCAGUAAGUGGGGGAUUGCUUAUACCGGCAAUCAUUCGGUGAAGAGCAUGUAGGUUGUAGAAAGAAAUAUGGUGACCCGUCUGCCCUCGGAAACCUAAUAGUCAUUCGGUGUCGGAAGAAGAAGAGGUAGCCAAGAGAGGCCGAUAGGAAAGAUUAAAGACAUUUCACUCAAGACUAUUUUCAUAAGCGUAUGAGUAUUAAUGCACUUUGUGUUCCCGCUCAUACUUCGGGUGUUGACUACAGGCUGUAUGCUCGUCCAGCAAAAUUAAUUACAUAGUGACCAUUUUUCUCUCCUCAAAUUCAGACUCCACACUCUCAUCCCUUCCAUCCUUCUUUCUCCGCCAAUCACAAAAAUUAUCUCUACCCACUAUAUCCAUAUUUUCAUUUCUUAAGAACCCAUUUAUUUUGUAUACAACUUUUCCAUUUUGUUAAAUUCUAGGAGAUACCAAAUUACUUUUCGUUGUUUCAAUAUGCUAAACAAAAAACCUUAUAUUCUAAACUCAAUAAAUUUGUUUAUUGUCUCUCCUUCUACGAAUCAUUUACAAAUGUCAUUGUUCAUUCCAAAGCGAACUAAAUGUCCUUUCUAAUUUUUACCGCAUAAUUGUAUAUCCGUUCAAAGAACCAUUAACAAAUCACUUAACGAUUUCACUUUCCGCGAAAACACUGUCUACUAACUAAAUUAUCAUAUUUACAAUUUUUGGUCAUAUACAGGGCGACGAAAAUCUAUGAUCUCGUGGUCUCUGAUAUAAAUUUAUUUUCUAAAAUUUUCCCAUAAAAAUUUUACAAUAAUAUGUAUAGAAACCGUCUAUACCUCUCUGCGAAGUUCUGGGAACAAUUUAUAAAAUUCUCCUUAUUGCUUGUACCUCAUGUUACUACCUAUCCAAACAUAUCUUCUUUUUCUGCAAAAUAAACUGCAUAAAUGUCUUUAUUAUUAAAUGGAAAAAAUAAAAUGCCCACGCAUACCUUUUAUUAAAUUUCUUUCUUUAUCUGAAUUAUUUCGAAUAAUGAAGGUACAUACAGCAGUGCUUCUUCUUCUUGUAAAUCGCCAUCGUGUUCGCUUAGAUGUGUUCUCCGCUUUAUUAGUGUAUUAAAAUAAACUCAAGUAUAUAGAAAUCGGCCCACUUCAAAUUUUUGACCUGAACUGUAUUUUUGAAGUUAUACUUCUUUAGGCGCGAUUUCAUUGAGGGUGAAAUUUUAUUAAUCUGUGCGCAUGCGCACACCGAUAGUAUGGUAUUAGUCGUUAUACGGGCUCUGAUUGGGUGUUGAAAUGAUCUGUCAAUAAUUGUUCAAUAUGGAGGUUAUCGGUAAACAAAAAUAUUGUAUAUAUUAGUUUUUAUUGUUGUGAGGACAGAAAUGAAAUCAAAUUUAUAAUUAUAGUGACUUUUUAAAUAGUUUUGAAAAGCCGCAGGUACGUAAUUCUAAAUGUUUCAGUUGUAUUCCAAUAAAAAAUUAUCUUCAUACCUAUCUAUUUGGAAAAUGUAAAAAAAAAUAAUGUAGUUACCUAUUAGUAGGCAAUGCUUUAAUUUACAUAAUCUGAUUACGAACAAACUUUCUACAAAUUUUCAUCUAAUAUAUCGUUUUCUUACUCUAUAUUUUGUUGUAUUUUAAUUCGACAAAAAUCAAACUAAUAAUUUGAUUAAAUUCAUAUAAAUAAACAAAAUGUCAAAAAUUUUACGGUGUAAACGUUUAGUUUGUGUAUAUUCCCACAUGACGUAUACGAGAAGGUGGUGCAGUGGGAAGUCGCUUCAACUUUCGUACGGCGCGAUAGACGUGAAGUGGGUUCAAGCCCCAAGCAAGUUGUUACUUUUUUAUUUUUUUAUAGAUUUUAUGAUUUUAAGUAUAUUAUUAUAUAAUUUUUUCAGAAAAUACGUCUUUAAUUUAAAUUGUUGGCAACAAUUAUUGUUCAGAAAUCAUUUGUGGCAUUUUUCAAUGUGUUUGUGUGUGUUUUAUUCUUUUAUUUUUUUUAAUUUUUGGUAUUGUUUUAAUAAACAUUUUUGGAAAGUAGUAGAGAAACUGUUUAAAGUAUAUUGAUUUCGUUGAAAUCAUAUAAUAGAAGUAUAACUUCUUACGUGCGUACAAAGUAUACACAUUCUUUUUUUUUCAGAAACUAGGUACUACUCUGAUCAAAAAAAGGGAUAUACUGUUUGAAAGAUAAUUUACAGUUGAGUCCAGGGUUCUUUACCCGUGCGUCAUCAUGUAAACCUAUACAUAUACGAAAUAGGUCGGAAAUUUAUGAAACGUAACUGCAAGUGACAGAGAAUAGCUAUUGAUCCGAUCACGGGUAGUGUAUAAAAUUUGACGUUAUCAAAUAAAUAGAAUGUUAAAUGUAAGUUUUGCUUUAAAAUUUUGGUGCAGCAUUACAGCUACAUUUGAAGUAGCUUAAUAAAUUCUUUUAAUAACAUUAGUGAUUAAUAAAUAAAUAAACAAUUUAUAAAAAAUCAAUAAAAAAUUGUCUUUUUGUCAUUUUAUUCACUUUGGCGGAAACUUAAACACAACCAUUCCUUAAGUGUGUGAAUGAGGUUAGCUUUGUAUGUUGUAAAAAUUAAAGGCAAAAUAAAACACACCUACCAUAAAAUUUCAAACUCCAAUAUAAAAUUAGUUGUGAAAACAACUGUUUGUGUGAUAUAAAAAACUUCAAAAUGCAAAAAUUCGGCAAAAAAACAGCAAAAAAUUCAACACAAAGACAAACCAGAAAUGUCACAAAUUGUACUUAAAAUUAAAAUCAUUCUCAAGCGUCUUUUUUGUAACUAUCUCUUUUCAAUGUACUGAGUCUAGAGCGUUCACAAAAAUAAGUGUUUUUACUUAAUAACAGGUGGUAACUGGUUUGCCAUUAGUUUCACGCGUGGAAAAGAAUGAUGCUAGAUAAAAAGUAUGUGUUUUAUCUCGCCAGGUAUUAAUGAAGAACGGGUAAAGAAUCGUGUACUCAACUGUAAUAUGUUCUAAUAUGAGUAUACAUUUAUGAAAAUUUAUUUCGACUUCUGUUUAACAAGCAAAUUAACUUGUUUAUUGCUAACACAAAAAAGGUAUUUGACAAUUAGAAAUUUAACAAUAAUUAAAGUUUUAAUAACGGGUAUGACCUCCCCUUGCGUUAAUAACUUCUCUCAAACGAUUAGGCAUAGAUCUGAUCAAGUUCGCCCUUGUUUCUUGUAAGAUGUUAAGUCGCCCUUGUUUCUACUGCGACAAUAAGCUCUGGGAUCAAGUUUGGGGUAUAAAGCCUAGCUCUAAUUCUUUGUUUUAGGUAAUUCCAUAAACAGUCUAUGUCUAUGGGAUUGAGGUAUGGACUGGACCAUGGCUAUUCCAUGACCCGAAAACCGACCUGAUUGCAUAAUAUAAUCUUGCACGAUUCUUGAGGUAUGCGAACUUGCAUUGUCCUGCAUAAAAAUAAAUUCGUCUCCAAUGUAGUCAACGUAAGGUACCACAUGCAUUGCUCAAAGCUCUCCAAUAUAUCUAGCACCAGUUAAUCUUUCUCGCUUGUGAAGACGGUUACCCCUACGAAUGAAAAAAAGCUGGGUUCAUGCCCCCAAAGAAAUGCACCCCAGAUCAUGCAGGAACCACCUCCAUACGGACUACGCUCUUCAAUGCAACAUUCUGCAAAAUGCUCUCCUCGUCUUCGGUACACUUUUCUUCUUUGGUCGCUACCAUAGAGGCAUAUUCUGGUCUCAUCUGAGAACAGAACAGAUCCCCAUUGUUCCAACGUCAAGUUCAGAUGAUCCUGUGUAAAACGCAGGCGUACUUGACGAUGAGCUGCAGUAAGUUUUUGACCAAUCACAGAUACUCGAGGAGUCAGAUUAUUUUCCUCCGGUCUUCGUCUCACUGUCCACUAAUAACCCAAGGGCGGAUCCAUGGUGGGGGCCAUGGCCCCCUCCGAGAAUUAAAAAAAUAUAAAUUUACAUAUUUGCAGUUUACAUGUUUUUAGUUUCAAACACAUAUGUACAAAACAGGAGAUAAAUAUGUUUUCUGGACUAGAAUGAAACAUAAGCAGUAACGGAAGCUUUAAGAAUGACAUAGGAUGUUUUGUAAAUCAAAAUGUAGAUAAUUUUACAGUGCCAAUUCCCAUAUUCUAUACACACAAAGAAUAAAAAAGAAAUGGAGUGUUACUUGGAUCACAAGAAUAAAAAAGAAAUGAAGUCAUAAUAAAGGGAUGACAACAUUGUCACAAAACCUUUAAUAUCUUUCGCCAAACUUAUGGGCAAAGACGGAGCCAUACAAACCUAUGAAAAAACAUCAUACCACAAUGAGUGCGUUGAGGUUUUCUACAAAGUUAUCGCAACCCGCAAAAGUCGGUCAUUAACCAGAUAGACUCUCAAAAGUCUAAACAGAUACAAGAAAAUAAAAAAAGACUACGACCAAUAGUAGAGUCUAUAGUGUUCUUACGGAGAAAUACGGAAAAGAAUAACGCAGGCAAACAGAGCUUAUUUUGCUCUCCCCCAUAUAUUUCGGUCUAAAAGAGCUUAUUUUGCUCUCCCCCAUAUAUUUCGGUCUAAAAUUAAGUGUCCACCGAAAUACAAAGAUGAGAAUCUAUAAAACCUUAAUUCGACCAAUAACAUGCUAUAGCAGUGAAGCCUGGGUCCUGAAAGAAACAUCCAAAAACAAAUUCGACACAUUCGAAAGGAAAGUACUUAGGAGAAUACUAGGCCCUGUGAGGGAAAACGGAAUCUUUAGAAGUCGAUACAACAACGAGCUUUAUCAACUUUAUAAGGAAACUCCCCUGUCAGACUUCAUUAGAAUACAAAGAUUGCAGUGGGCCGGACAUGUGAUAAGAAUGGGAGAGGAUAGGCUACCAAAACGAGCACUGAAUGCUAGAAUGCAAGAAAAGUGACCGGUUGGGAAGCCACGAAAGCGCUGGGAAGACACAGUAAACAGCGACGCACAAGCCCUUUUAGGAGUCCGUGUAUGGAGAAGAGCAGCCACAGACAGGCAAGGGUGGAGGCAAAAAAUAAAGGAGGUCAAGGCUCAAUUUAGGCUAUAGUGCCGUAGAAGAAGAAGAAGAAGAUAGUGUUCUUAGGUCGGCAAAAUAUUCCUCUAAGAGGCCAUCAUGAUGAUGGCUUUCUGCUUAUAGUCCUGUCGCCAGGGGGGGUACAACGGCCUCCUUAAUUCAGAUGGACUUACCCAAGUUUUUUUUAUAUAUUUUGACCCGUAGAAUACAAAUUUUUUGGGUAACAGUUGAUCCGGAUGUCGAUAAGAUUGUUAUAGACAAAGAACUUGAGGAAUUACAUAACAACGAUUUCUCGCAAAGCAAAACAUCUUUUUGUAUUUUUUGGGUCAUUUUAAGCAAAAAAUAUUCCUACAAGUUUUUUCGUAUAAUGCAUAGUUUUCGAGGUAACCGCGGUUGAACUUUCAAAAAAUCGAAAAAUUGCAAUUUUUGAACCCGAAUAACUUUUGAUUAAAAAAUAAAGUAGCAAUUCUGCUUACCGCAUUUGAAAGUUUAAGUCAAAUUAUAUCGGUUUUGAUUAUUUGUAUUGCUAAAAAUUAAUUUUUUUAUUGUUAAACCAAGCUAUAAACACAUAGUGUUUCCCGUCCCUAAUACAUGCGUUUUAACGCAUGCUAUACUCCAUCUAAUUUACUUACCGUUGCACGUCAUCCGCGUCAUAGCCUGUGACGUCACAUGAUACCAACACGAAAUAUUUAGGCGGUAGGUGUGUUCUUUUUUAGAAUCACUUUGCCGAGUAAACUGGCAUUACAGCCACUAGACAUAUUUUAUUAUAUACGCGUAGAAAUAAUAUUUAAAAGAUUUCUAUUAAUGUCAACUUAAAGAAAUACACAAUAAUAUGUUUCUUUUAAUUUGUAUAAAUGGAUUAUAAAGCGUUUUUAUGAAGCACAUGUGUUCGGAAUACACUGUAACUAUAAUCGAACGCAGGUGAUAUUUUGGCAUAAAUUGGUAACAUUUAUUUGACAAUUGCGGUGAUGACACUUCAUAUUUGUUUAUAUUCUUUACUAUAAGUAUUUGUUUCAUUAUAUUUACUGUUUUUAUUAUAUACUUUAACGUAAGAUUAUAACUUAAUUCCUGUUUCCUAUUUCUAAAGUUUUUAUUUAUUUAUAUUGAAUAUUAAUUUGUUUUGCUGUAUAAUUGACUUCCGCAAAAAUUGUGUGAUGUAUUUGAUUUAAAAUGAAUUCAAGAAUUUUUUGUAAUUGGGCAACAAUGUCAACUUAGAUCUCUAACGUAGAUAAUGACGUGCAACGGUAAGUAAAUUAGAUGGACUGUACGUAGAAAUUGUCUCGCUUGCACUUGUAGCUACUCUACCUACUCGUUCGAUUUUAAAUGAGAAAUCAUUGAAAACAUCACUCACGCACUAGCUGUUUAUAGCUUUGUUUAACAAUAAAAUAAUAAAUUUUUAGCAAUGCAAAUAAUCAAAACCGAUAUAAUUUGACUUAAACUUUCAAAUGCAGUAAGCAGAAUUGCUACUUUAUUUUUUAAUCAAAAGUUAUUCGGGUUCAAAAAUUGCAAUUUUUCGAUUUUUUGAAAAUUCAACCGCGGUUAUCUCGAAAACUAUGCAUCCUACGAAAAAACUUGUCACAGUAUUUUUUGCCUAGAAUGACCCAAAAAAUACAAAAAGAUGUUUUGUUUUGCGAGAAAUCACUGUUAUGUAAUUCCUCAAGUUCUUUGUCUAUAACAAUCUUAUCGACAUCCGGAUCAACUGUUACCCAAAAAAUUCGUAUUCUGCGGGUAAAAGAAUAUAAAAAAAACUUGGGUAAGUCCAUCUGAAUUAAGGAGGCCGUUGUACCCCCCCUGGCGACAGGACUAUUAUGAACGAAGAUGCUGGACCUAGCAAUGAGGAGUCCAGGGGCAAUUGUCUAGGUUUAAAAUCGCAUCAGGAGAUAAGACUCUUAAACGACACCUAUCCGCAGCAACAUGCAUUAGUAACAUCAGUCAAAAUCAAUUGAUAGCAUACUGUGGUGAAGAAAUAAUUGAAAAAAUAAUGAAUCAGGUUCAAAGUGCAAAUUAUUACUCUGUGAUAUUUGACGAAACAACUGAUGUAUCUCACAUAGAACAGCUUUCUCUAAAUUUGAAAUACAUAUAAUAACAACAUUCGUGAAAAUUUUGUCAAGUUCAUUGACGCUUAUGAGAACAUAAAAACAAUUAGUGAAAAUCAAGAAAGAGGAGAAGAAUAAGGCUUGACAGGAGAAGCAUUGGGAAAUAUAGUAUUAAACUUGUUGAAAGAACUGCACCUGGAUCCGAAGAAAUGUGGAGGAAUCGAUACUGACUUUAAAAAUACUUUAAUAACGAUAACUUUUGAAUGUCUGUAUGGAACUCAAAAGUGUGUGAAAAGUGCCUUAAAACUCAUCAUUGUAACCCUACUGUUUUAAAGUUACUCUCUGGCCCGCCGGUACCCCUCCACAAAAAAAGUUCAUGGCCCCUCCCGAAAAUCGGUCCUGGAUCCGCCCUUGUAAUAACCACUCCUCUUACUUCAAGGAGCUAUUGUUGCACUAGAACGGCAAUAAGAUCUAAGGUGGCGAUGUCUGAAUAUUGUUGACACAAUAAAGCAAUCUGUUCCAGGUCAUCUAUGAAAGAAUCAAAUUUCCUCAUAACGUUGGAACACUUUUCGAACCGCUGCGCGUGUCAUAUCCAGUUGUACAGCUACAGCUCGCUGUCUAAGUCCAUUUUAUAUUAAUGCAAUAACUUUGCAUACAAUUUUCUCUUUUUUUACCUCUGUAUCUUAUUAAAAUAAACAUGGUGGACCUUUUCAGGGACUUUCUACCCUCGGUAAUAAUGUAAUCUUUCAUUCUGCGUUUAAGUUUUUCAAAAAUACUUAUUAGUUUUCUUAGGAUUCGAAAAAAAAAAUAAAUACAUUUAAAAAGCAUUGGGACGAAAUUUUGCGCAAAUUCGAUAGAAUUCGAGCUUAGAGAGAAUUCGCUAAUAUAUAACGCACUGAAAGAAGGGUUUGGUAUACACUGAAGUUCGGCCUAUUCUUCAGUUCCAGUUAGAAAUCCGCCGACACGAUCCUUCCAAUCAAGCAUUAGCUGGUAGUUCAACACUUAGAAGUAGUUCAACGCUUGCUCUGGGUAAUCCAACAGCUUAACACGUUCGGUACCAAACGCCACUUGGCUGGUACCACGUACCUAAAUUGUUCAUUUAGUAUCGCAGUACUGCCGCCGACACUCGUGCGUCGUCGGCAACCUUGACGAAACCCUCGUGACGAUACAGUGUCGUCGAGGGCAUUAAACGAGUUAAAAACGUUCCUUAUCUUCAAAUUUUUCUCUUUGAUUUUUUUUUAUUUAACUGUCUUGUCAACGUUCCGUAUUUUUUCUUAAACUUCUUUUUCUUUUACUUUUAUUUACCGAAUUCGUAACAAUUGAGCACUAUUUGACUUGUUUUGUACUUUUGAUUUGUAAUGUGAAAUCUAAAACAUUCUUUAUUAUACUCAUCAUACCAUACACCGCUCAUAUCUAACUUGUGGUAUUACCCCCGUAUAUAUUGGGAUACUUUGUGGUGGGAGAAAAUAUUCUGAGGGCGGUAAUAAAAAUCAUCAUCUGAUCUUUUGGCGGCAUAUACAAGUCACAAGUAUGCAAAAUAUGGUCAGAAAUGUUUUACAGACUUUAUGUAGACAUGUUAUCAAUUGUUUUAAAUACAUAUUGUAAACGUAAAUAUCUAUAUAGUUGUUCCAUUACAUCUUUGCACAGACGUCAUGAUUCAUUUUGAAACAAGUUUAAUCAAAACACUAAGUGAAACGUACCUCGAUAUGUACUGUCAAUGUAAUAAUUAGGAAAUGGCUAUUAUCCCGGUGGACGUAUUUUAUAAAGUUAUUUUAUUGAAGUGUUUAAUCUUUUUUCACUAUUAAGGAGAUUGAUGACAACAUUAAACAGCUUGAAUAUCAUACCCACUAUUACCAGAAAGAUAAAUAUAGAACGGUAAUAAAUAGAUUUAAAAAGAAAACAAAAAAUUAAACAGUAAUCUCGAAAAUAAACAAAUAAUUUUCCAUUCGACAGAACUAUAGCCACACUCAUGUAAUAUAAUGAAAAUUUGUAGGUUCAAAAUACUACUUGACACAUUUUCGUAAAAAAUAAAUGAGUAGGUACUUACCGGAAGUAAUAAAAUUAAGAGAGCAACAGUUAGUCGUUCUAACAAUAAUCCAGAUUUAGCCAUACGGCUCACACUCCAUCUAAGGGGAAAAUUGACUCAUCCCAGAUACUUACGGUACCAAAAGGAUUGAGCUCUGGUGGGACUCUUUCCGUGUUAUCGAGCCUUAGGUGACUUGGAAUGCAGGUGUAUCUCCGAGAAAUUUUCGUACGCAUCUGGCCGUCGCGAGUAGUACAGCUUUCUGCAUGGUCUUAUAAAGAUGUUCAUUCAGACCCAGCUUUUUUAUGCUUUCGAGGAGGGUCUUCGGAAUGACUCCAGUAGUAGAAAUAAUAAUCGGUAUCGUCUGGGUACUUUGCAUUCUCCAUUGCCUUCGUAUUUGAAUUUCUAGAUCUCUGUAUUUGGCGAUCUUUUCAGUAAAUUUACUACGUAGAUUAUUGUUGUUAGGUAUUGCCACAUCAAUUAGUGUUGUUUGUCUUGUUAAUUUAUUAACUAGUACGAGAUCUGGUCUAUUAUGUGCCACUGUUUGGUCUGUGAGCACAGUGCGGUCCCAGUAUAGCUUGUAGUUGCCAUCCUCAAGCAUACUAUCAGGGAUGUAUUGAUAAUACGGGAGAUGGUCUGUUUGGAGAAGUCCCAGCUUGAUAGCUAUCUCUUGAUGAAGGAUUUUUCCCACUGCAUCAUACCGUUUCUUGUAUUCAGUUGCAGCAAAUGCCUGGCAGCCCCCUGUAAGAUGUUGGAUGGUUUCUUGGGCUUGACAUCCAUAUCGGCAUCUGUCGUUUUGAACCUGAGGGAGUUUGAUGAUAUAUUUCAGGUAAUUUCUGGUUGGUAUAACCUGAUCCUGAAUGGCCAGUAAUGAACCCUCCGUUUCAGGGAACAUAUUUCCUGAUGUCAACCAGUAGUUCGACGCUAUAUUGUCGACAUAAUCUUGGCUGACCUCAUUGGGAUGUCGCCCGUGCAGAGGUUUACCUAUCCAGGCGCGCACUUUUUCGUCCUUAGUAAGGUGGUUUAUGCGCAUUUCUGGUUCCCUCAGUUUGAUCGGUGUUAUGUCAUCUACUGCGCAGAUAGCGCGAUGUAGAGUAGAUGUCUCAGCCUGCAUCUGAAAAUAAGUUCUUAAAUUAGCAAUUUGUUUAUCUAAUUGCUCACCUAUAUCCAUAAGUCCUCUUCCUCCUAGAUUCCGUGGUAAUGUUGUUCUUUCUACUUCACUUUUAGGAUGGUGUUUUUGUGCCUUUGUGAGGUGUGUUCGUACUUUUCGCUGUAGAGCUUCUAUAUCUGUUUUUGUCCACUUAACAAUACCAAAUGAGUAGCUAAUCGCGGAACAUGCGUAGGUGUUUAGUGCCCUAAACAAAUUUCUACUGUUAAGGUGUGAGCGAAGCAGCUGUUUUACCCUUCGUAUAAACUCAGUAGUUAUCUCUGUUUUCAUUUGUUUAUGGUCAAUUUUCCGCGCUUGCUUUACUCCAAGAUAUUUAUACAUAUCGUUUUCACCCAUGGCCUCGAUGUUCUGGCCAUUUUGCAUAUCGAAUCCUCCGGGCUUAACUAACAAUAAUUAUUAGUAUAAUUAUUAUACUUGAAAAUUAAACUUAAAAUGACCUAGGUACACAAAUACUAAAAGUUAAAUAAUUUGAAAAACCAAAUAAACAAUAAAUUCAAAUAAACUAAUAAACACAACACAUGCGCUAAUGUCACUGUCACUGAAGAUCAUAACCGUCAAAAUUCAUAGUAAAAAAAAGGUAUUAAAGACAUGACGUAUUAUUUAUCCUUGUUUAACUUAUUGUGGUUUCUAGGGACAAGCCGCUUAAUUUUGCGAUACUAGUUUCUGUGAGUAAAAAACAGACCUAGUAUAAAAAGUAAUUCGUGAAUAAUUUCAUGCAUGGGCAAAGAUAGAGAGGAAGAACUAUACCAUACCUUUCUCCAGUACAUAUUAGAUUCAUGGAAUGAAUAAUACUGUAGGCCAGAGGUCGGCAGCGUUUUUAAUGUAAAGAUUUAAAUACUAAAUUAAAAAUUCAUGAAGGGCGCCAACUAUUUUUUGACCUAACAAAUAUAUAAAUAUAAACGUAUAAAAAAUAUACGUUGUGAAUUUCUUAUGUAAAUUAACAAUAGUUUAAUGGCGCAUUAAAAUUUAUUGCAGGGCGCAGUGGCGCCCGCGGGCGCCUCGUUGCCGUCCUCUGCUGUAGGCUAUCAUCUACCUACUGUUGUUACGCUUUAUUUUAUAAAUGCAUACCUUUAUUUUUUUCCGUCACUGGUAAUAUUAUAAAUCUGAGUCAUGUUGUAAAAAUUUUACAAAUUAUUUAGUGCUUUUAAAAGUAUUUGUAAAUAUGAAUGUGAAAUAAUAUAUUUUGUUAUAAAACUGUGAGAAUAUAUAAACAUUUGUUGUAAAUUUUGUGUUUUUAGGUGUAGAUAAUUCUGUGUGAAUUUUUUUUAGUUAUACAAGUCUGCUAAAUUAAGUUUCUAAAAAUUCUAGCGACAAAGACGUGAUUUUUUAUUUAAAAGUAUAUUAAAUUCCUCAAAAAUUACCAACAUGGACUUAGCACAUCAGUAGCAAAAGCUAACCUACCAGUCACUACGGGAGACCCUGACAAAACGAAAGAAUACACAAAGAAGUUUAUCACUGAAAUAAUCACAAGACAAUACAAACCCCAUAGAAAAGCAUUGGUUGACUGAAGAAACUGUCAACCUUGUAGAAGAAAGAGAGAAACUUAGAACUUUACUUUAUAACUAUAAAACACUUAUGCAGACAAUAGGGAACUUGCACGUUUAUUUAUUACAUGAUAAUGUUCAGUUUUGUUUAAAAAUGAGAUUUCCAAAAUUUCACGCUUCAAAAACUGAUAAUAACUUAGGCCCGGUUUUUCAGUGAGAGGUUAAAAUUUUGGAUAGCUAACCUAGUUUAAAUUUUAACCAAGAUUUUAGCCCUUCUAGCGUUUUUCAGUGCUUUAAACUAAGUUAACAAAAUCUCGGUUAGCUAACCACUUUUUUUCUUCUGUUGGCUGCAGUUAUGGUGCUUGCGCAUGUGCAAUUCGAGAAAUAAUGAUCAAUUUGACAGAAAAAUAAAUGAAAACAAUUUCAUAACCAAAUUAAAACAAAUGUUAAAUGUAAUAUCAAGUUCGGAGUCUUUAUUUGGUUCAUAACAUCUACCUCGGUUUCAUAACAAAAUAGACCAUUACAAUUACUGGGACGAUUUAGACUUUUUUGUCGAUUUCGUUUGUCAAAGACCACGGUGAUAUCGCUAUUGGAAAUUAUUAGCCAGGAAAUAAGAAGUCCAACUGUUUCGUAAAUAAUUAUUUUGCUGUAUAGACAAAUUGAUAAUUAUCUUUAUUUUACUGAAAAUGGUUAGGUAUUCAUUUUUGAUAAUUAUCUUUUUAAAAUAUAUUACUAGGAAUCAUGCAUUAAAUCCUGUUACAGUAUGUGUAAACAUUGGUACCUGUUACAGAGUUAUAAAAAUAUAUUUUCUUAUAAUUCCUUCCUAUUAUAAUAACGAUAAUAAUUUAAAAUUUCCUUAUAAUAAUAACGAGGAAGAAUACUUCCCGCGAUAAAAACAAAAUAACAUAACCUAACUAUUCUCUUCAAAAUAAACAUUCUACAUUCGACUCUGACUGACCUGAUGCAUUCACUGCACCCAUGCGAAAGCGUAACCACAAAAUUCGGAGUUAAACCAUCUAACGAGUAUCGGUUAAAAUAUUGGUUACUUAAACGGGUUUAAUCUCUAACCUAGUACUGAAAAACUGAUUAACCAUAAUAUUUCGGUGAUACAAAAAUAUAUAGGUUAACCCCGCACUGAAAAACCGGCCCUUAGAAAUACAAAUUUAAAAUCUUCUGUAUUUUAAAAUAGUUCAGACGACCCGUGACGUCACAUAGUUUUACUAUAUGGCUAUGUUUAUGAUUAUAUUUAGGUAUUUUUUUCUUCUCCUUCUUUAGUUUAUUGGCCUCCACCUACUUGGGUAUUUGGCCAGCUCAUCGUCGCGGCAUAAAGGAAAAAUAUUUAUAUUUCUAAUGACAUUUAUCGUAUGUCAUUGUAAUAAUAUAUCACUUUGUUGAGAUUGGAGUUUGAUACAGUUUUUGAAGGAAAGGAAAGAAGGUUUACUGUGGAAAAUAAAACCAUUUUGUAAAAGUACAAGUUUUCUGUGAAUAGUUCAAACGAUCAAAAACACUUGUAACGUCACAUAACUGUAUUUUCUACUGACGUUUAUAAUUGCUAAUUUAAAAUUAUAUACAAUUUUGUUUACUUUGUUGGUGCAGAAUGUAAACAUAUAAUCAUAUGACGUCACGAGGCGUUUUGGGCUAGCUGUUUUAAUUUGAAUUUAGAAUCGUCUUUAGGGGCCAGACGGAACGCAAAAACAACUUUUUUAUCUUUGAUACAUGUUUUAAAUUAUGUUCUGUUUGAUUUAUAACAUUUUAUUCGAAUUUAAAAUUUUAUGUAAGUUCCCUAUUACAUGUAUAUUGUAGUCGGCUAUAAGUUGCAUUAUUUCUGUCGGUAUUUCGUCUGGUCCUACAGCUUUCCCAGUUUUCAUUUCUUUAAUUGUGUGAAAACUCACUAAUUCUGUUCGUUUUAACAGCUCUAUUGCACCAGAAACUCGUACUCGAACAGAAGCUUCAACUAAUACAUGGCCCAGAGCACGCAAAAUAGAAUUCUAUUUUGCUGACGUCACAAAAUAGAAUUUCAUAAUGGGAGAAUCGACGGUUGCCAGGCAACAUGACGUCACUAAAAUAGAAUUCUAUUUUGCGUGCUCCCACUGCAGGUUAGCGUAGUUGCCAUAAUUACUCAAUGUAUAUUCCCUAUGUCCAGUUGAACGAUUUACGUACUGUAUAUAAUCUAUACAUCAUGGACCCUCACUUGCAAUCUUUUCAUCAUUAUUAUAUACUUCUGAUUCAUUGCACAAUAGCACUUUUCAGGAUACAUAUUUCUUUAUGAAAAUUAAAUGCUAGAAUAUGUUAGUCAGCUACAUAAGUUGUUAAAAUAGUAAAUUUGUACUUAUUUCUCAGACUUGUUUAAACUUUUAUGUUGUCGGGGUUUAUGUUAUAAGUCGGGGGUAAAGGGAAUAUAUUGGUUGUCUAUAAUAUUCACUUAAUAUUACAUAUACAUAUAUGGAAGUUACAUCGAAGAUGAUUAAUAUAAAAAUUAAUAUUAAACUCACUUAAUUUCCGAGCUGGGGCAAAUUGAGCUUUCUUAAUUAACUAUUCUAAUUGGGAAAUAAGCCACAAUUUAACUUGAAAAAUAGUUUUAUAACGUUCAGUGGAGAUAUUGCAGUAAAAAGAGAAAAAUUAACGAAGCGGCUCUAAUUGUGCUAAAUAAAGAAAAUUGUGUCGGAAAUUCCUCGGUAGAAUGUAGCAGGAUGUGGUUACCCAUAUUAAAAGAGGAAGUCAAUAGAAAGAAAAUACCACGAUUAGUAAGUCAAUAACAUAUCGAGAAUAGUACAUAUUUUAUAUUUUAGUAUUAUUUAUAUAUCCAUGUAUUAUUAAUAUUAUUUAUAAUUUAAAAUAACAUACAUAUACUUACAAUGUUGGGAUAGUAUCAAGGGGUUUCUUCGUGGUUUUUCCUCGUGAUUUACUAUGGAAUCACUAACAAGAGAAUUUUACUGUCAUCGUUGCGUGUGGUUGUCUUUUUAAAGAUAGAUCACAUGCUAUGAUCUUUUUGUGACGGAUAUUCUUGAGUUAAAGUUGAUUUCAUGUAAUCGAAUGUACUAUCUUACAAUAAAGUCGUCCCAGGAACGCAACUCAUAAAUAUUGGCAAUAUCAUUUUAAAGUCUUAUACUUUAAAAUGUAUAAUAUUAUGUCUGAAUUGCCGAUAUAAAUGAACCAGAUUAAAUUAAAUUGUUAAAAGAAUUUUUUUAUUAAGCAACAUUUUUAUUUAAUUUAUUAAUAUUUUGUAUUUUGACAACGACGUCCGAAGUGGACGUCGAAACGUUAUAAAAUUAUUUAAUUUAAAUUGUGGCUUAUUUCCCAAUUAGAAUAGUUAAUUAAAAAAAUGGCACAAAGAAAUACCUUCAGAACAAUAUUGAGCUUUCUUCUCCCUCUCUGUAGUCUUCAUCAGGACAGAACCUAUUUUAAGUCUGCCGAUCUCAGAUAAUUUAAUUUCAGUAGUAUUCUACAUAUAUAUUAAUACUAUUAAUCUUAAAUAUAUUUAUAUAAAUAAUGCACAUUUCAAAAAUAGUAAAUAUUAGAGACAACCAAAAUAAGUAUACGGAAAAUAAUGACUGCACUAGUGAUGAAAGUCAUAUAAAUUUGUAAGUUUACCUGUUUAAUAAAACUUCGUUUUAUA